UUGAACAAGUGAAAUUUUAAUUAAAAGAGACUGUUUGUUUUCUUUGUGUCAUUUCAACAAGUUCCAUAAAGUGAUCAAAGUUUUCUUUCACAUCUUUUUAUUCAAACUAUGGGAUAAUUUAUUUGGGAUUCCUCAGCUCUAACUUCACUAAGCUUUUCUUAAUUUUUGUCUUCUUGUCAUAUGUUAUUUUUCCUCUUCACUUUACUUAGAAUGAUUUUCCCAUAACAAGAGAAAAAAAUUGGUUAAUUUUCAUUUGGGUACUUGUCUUUUACUUUUGAUGAUUUCAAUAUGAUAUCAUCAUCACAUUCAGCUUUUGUUUGAAAAGAUUUUGAAUUCCCAUCUCAGUUUUUCUUGUUUGCAAAAUGGGUUUGGGUUAGUUUCUUUAAUGAAGAUAGUUUUGGCUCUCUUUUUCAUGUUUGUCUCAUCUUGGUCUUAAAGUGUUUGUUUUUAUGAUGGUUUUCCUUGGGGUUUGAUUUUUAGUGUUUGUUGAACAUGGAGGAGGUUGAAGAAGCAAACAAGGCAGCUGUUGAGAGCUGCUACAGAGUUCUUGGUUUGUUGUCUAAACAAAAAGAUCAUCAUCAAGUUCAGUACAGGAACUUGGCAGGUGAAACUGAUGAAGCUGUGUUUAGAUUUAAAAGAGUUGUGUCUCUUUUAAGCUCAAGUUUUGGUCAUGGAAGAGUCAGAAAGUCGAGGAAGAAACUUUCAUCGUCUUUGCCUCAAAAUAUUUUCUUAGACAGUCCUAAUUACACACCAGUUUAUUCACCAAAACCUCUCCAAAUAAUCCCAGCUGAUCCUAUGCAGUUGCCGCAAAACUCAUCUCCAAAGUUCCGUCUCCAACCAAUACCAUCACCACACUUUCAGUUUAUGCAUCAUCAGCAACAGAUGCAAAGGUUGAGGUUUCAACAGCAACAGCAGAAAUAUCAAGCCGAUAUGAAUAUGAUGUACUCUAGCAGGAGUACAAACAGUGGCAUGAACCUCAAAUUUGAUGGCUCUAGUUGCACACCGACCAUGUCCUCAACAAAGUCACUAAUAUCAUCUUUGAGCUUGGAUGGAAGUGUGGCUAACUUUGAUGGGAAUUCUUUUCAAUUGAUUGGUGUGCCACAGCAUUCAAGUCAGAUCUCUCAACAGUCCAAAAGGACUAGGUGUUCUGUUAGGGGAGAAGAUGGGAGUAUGAAAUGUAGUACUGUUGGUAAAUGUCAUUGCUCAAAGAGGAGGAAACACAGGAUAAAGAGGUCAAUCAAGGUGCCUGCCAUCAGUAACAAGGUUGCAGAUAUUCCUCCUGAUGAGUAUUCAUGGAGGAAAUAUGGACAGAAACCUAUUAAGGGAUCUCCACAUCCUAGGGGAUACUACAAAUGUAGCAGUAUGAGAGGGUGCCCAGCAAGGAAGCAUGUCGAGAGAUGCCCUGAUGACCCUUCGAUGCUAAUUGUAACCUAUGAAGGCGAGCACAGCCAUUCCAGGUUACAGUCAUCGCAAUCCGCCCAUACAUGAAGCUGUACCGCCAACAUCGCCAGCUUACAACUAUCCAAACCAACCAAAAUUAGUUAAUCUGUAAUUGUGAAUUUCUGGUGUAUAUAAUUUGUAGUUCAAGUUGUGACUACAAAUGCUGGAGCUAAUUACUAGUACUUCUCUAUUUGCUUUUUGGCUUUCUGUGUCUCUGCAAGUGGAGCCACAGAAGAAACAAGGCUAAAAGGCUCUUAUAUAUGUUAGGGGUUGGCUGUAAAAGCUUAAUUAUGUUGCUCUUGUUUGCAAGUUUUUUGUUUUAACUCCAUAGGUUUUUUUGAGUGAAUUU